UAUUUUCAUCUACAAGAAACAAGCCGAUUUCCAUUUGAUUUAUUGCAAAUAUUGAAGCAUAAAUAAUGCCGAAAGUGCGUCGCAGUCGCAAAGCGCCACCCGAUGGAUGGGAGCUAAUUGAACCGACACUUGAGGAGUUGGAGCAGAAGAUGCGUGAAGCGGAAACGGAGCCACACGAAGGAAAACGCAUUACGGAAUCGUUGUGGCCCAUUUUCAAGAUUCAUCAUCAGAAGACGCGAUACAUUUACGAUUUGUAUUAUCGCCGCAAGGCAAUCAGUCGGGAGCUGUACGACUAUUGCCUCAAGGAAAAGAUCGCCGACGGCAAUCUAAUUGCCAAGUGGAAGAAGUCGGGCUACGAGAAUCUAUGCUGCCUGCGCUGCAUUCAGACGAGGGACACGAAUUUCGGCACAAAUUGCAUUUGUCGUGUGCCCAAAUCGAAGCUGGAGGAAGGUCGCAUCGUGGAGUGCGUCCACUGCGGCUGCCGGGGCUGCUCAGGCUGAGGAAGCACCAGGGAGCAACCAACAACAAUAAAUAGCUUAGAGACAAUCCGCUUAUAUUAGCUUUUAGCUAGAAGUAUAGAUUAAGAAAUGUACAAAACUUAUUGUAAGAGAACUGAGGCACUCUAAAGAUUAUAAAAAAGGACUACUAAUAAUUAAUCUACAAUUCUGUAAAACUUCAGUUAGAACUCUUCAUUAAGUCCUCAAAUCAUACACUUGUAAUAAAAAUACACUUGACACAACUUGGAACAACA